AUGAGGUAACUGGCAUUUCACCGUCUCCCUUGCGAUUCUUCUCCCUCUCGUCCGCUUCGUGAUCGUCUGAUUUCCGCAAUGAUCGGCGUUGCUGAAUCGUCCUCAUCUCUCUCUCAGAGACUUGAUCGACGUUCCUUUCUCCUUGAGAUCUAGCAGAAAAUUGCCGGUUGUGAGAGAUGGCGAAACAUGAAAGGAUACUGAGUGCUAGAUGCUCACUAAUCCACGAAUUCCAUUGUGAUUUCAGCCGGCACCCGACCACGAAGUGGGCCCAGAGGUCCGACGAGGUCUACCUCAAGAUCGAGCUUCCGGACGCGAAGGAUGUGAGCCUGGAGCUGCAGCCAGAAGGGAAGUUCAUCUUCUCGGCGACCAAAGAUGGUGUUCCCUAUGAGAUCGAAAUCGAGCUCUUCGAUAAGAUCAAUGUCGAGGUAAUGCCAUUCUUCAAUGUCCUCAUCCUCAUGCUCUUCGACUACGUUCCCGUCAUCUGAGCACUACCUUCGGGAUGCCACAGGAAAGCAAAGCCACUGUUGGUGUGAGGCAUAUUGCGUAUGUUAUAAAGAAAGCCGAGAAGAAAUGGUGGAGCAGGAUUCUGAAACAAGAGGGCAAGCCUCCCGCCUUCCUGAAAGUUGAUUGGGAUAGAUGGGUGGACGAGGAAGACGAAGAUGGUAAGCACAAACGCUAGCAACCCUUAAUCUCCUUCGCACUGUUUAGGCAGCCACGAAUUCCAGUUUAACAUCUGCAAUCUGCCGACAGAAACGGAGCGGGUGGACGUCGACAAAAAGGAUUUCUCGGUAAGAACCAUUUUCCUGAUCUUCUUGGUCUCCGCUGAUCCUGUUCUGGAACCGAGUUUCUCAUUCCGAAUUCACUCUGGUGUGUUAAUUCUGAGUUUGAUGAAAUAACUCCGUGAACAAAUCGGUAGAAACAAUCAUCCUAACUCACUUCCUACUUUCGGAAGAAAUCGAAGCAGAGGACGAAGAAGAGAAGACAGAAGAGGAAGGCCAACCUACUGCAGAAGCUGAUGGCAAGGCUGAAGCCGAAGUGCGCUUGCGUAAAGUAGCCCGCUUUCAUUGUACCCUAUCAACAGUAAAUACUUUGUAA